ACCUCUUGUUUACUACUUAAUGCUUUCAUUAAAAACUAAACAAGCAGCUUUGCAAUUCAAACGAUAUUUCUCACUCGAUGGACGAAAUAAGCUAUCCAACAAAUUUAUACCAGUAACAAAAGAUAAAACCUCGGAUAAUUCAGCUAGCCAUGGCAUGCUGUUGAAAGCAGGUUUCGUGAGACAAAGUGGUGCUGGUAUUUACUCAUUGUUGCCUCUCGGUUUGAGAACCGUCGAUAAGAUUGAGCGCAUCAUUGACCAAGAAAUGAAGGCCAUUGGAAGUGAAAAACUAUCUUUGCCAUUGUUGUUAAAUCCAGAAGGCUGGAAAAAGACUGGUCGAUGGGACGGAUCCAAAGGAGAGUUCUUUCGUUUAAAAGAUAGAAAAGAGUCAGACUUGUUACUUGCACCAACUCACGAAGAGGAAAUCACACAAUUAGUUGCUUCUGAAUUAAGAUCAGCCAAACAGUUACCUAUUCGUUUGUACCAAAUUGGUAGAAAAUUUAGAGACGAGUUGCGUCCUAGAGCUGGACUAUUAAGAGGCCGUGAAUUCAUCAUGAAAGAUUUAUAUUCAUUUGAUAGUUCCGUGGAAGACGCAUACAAAGCUUACGAUGAUGUUGCUCAUGCCUAUAAAAACAUCUUUGAUAGAAUAGGUGUACCUUUUGUUGUCGCUGAAGCUGACAGUGGAAACAUUGGUGGCUCAAAGUCCCAUGAAUACCAUCUCAUUUCAACCGUUGGUGAAGACACAUUAUUAACUUGCUCAGACUGUGGAUAUACUGCCAAUGAAGAAUUAGCAAUUGGUAAAUUGCCCAACACGUUAAGUUCAAACGAACCAGCUGCAGAAACUAGAUCUGAUAUUGUAACAAAAUCUCUCCUGGAUCGUCUUAAUUUAACAACACCCAUUGAGUCUACUGUGGUAUCAUACUCUGGCUUAAACAACGCCGAAGAUGGUUUAACACAAGGUUUGGCCGCCAUUUUUACGCCAAAAGGAAGGUCUGUCAAUCUGUUAAAGGUGCAGACUCAAUUAAGCAAAUACCUGAAGAAAGAGCAAUUAUUGAGCGAUAAAGCCAACAUGGAUAUGGAUACAUUGCCCAGAGCAAAGAUUGAUUCAAUGCAACCAAACGAUAUUCCUCAUUUGCAUUUAUUCUUGGAUAAUGCCCUUGAUUUGACUGUAGCUACCAGUGAUAGAGUAACCGUGCACACACCAGACCAUUUUAGACUUGCUCGGGAGGGAGAUCAUUGUGCUACCUGUAAAGAUCACGAUAGUAUUUUAUCCAGCGUCAAGGCCAUCGAAUGUGCUCAUACGUUUUAUUUGGGUACCAAGUAUUCAUCUGCCUUGGACUGUACAUUCCGUGAAGGCAAUAUGCCCAAGAUGAUUCCAGCAGAAAUGGGUUGUUACGGUAUUGGAGUUACCAGAGUUUUAGCUGCGGUGGCAGAAGCCAAAUAUGACGAGAAGGGUAUUGCCUGGCCUAGUUCAUUGGCUCCUUAUAGUAUUUGCAUUGUGCCCACGGAUGAUAGAAAGCAAGAAUUUAAGGAUAUUGCAAAUCAAUUAUAUGAUGAAUUAUCAGUGAAAUUUAAUGAUGAUGUCGUAAUUGAUGAUCGUAGAUCUGGUUUUGGCGCUAAAAUGAAGGAUGCAGAAUUAAUAGGCUAUCCUUAUACAAUUGUUGUUGGAUCCAAAUCAGUGGAAGAGGGCCAAGUAGAAUUAAAUGAACGUAUUCAAGGUCAGGACAGUAAAAAGACUAUUGUCUCUAUUAAAGACUUGCAUGUAUUCUUGUAGUUAGUGUAAUAAAUUUAUCGAUGGCUAAACCAUGUGUAUACUAAAAAAUGGUUUCGAUACCUCAAGUUUGUUUAAAAUAAUACAUGCGUUUUGGACUUGUUAGCUACAGACGUGGCCGACAAGCAGAGAUGAGUUGUUACUUUGUUCCUACGUAUAACUGCCCAAAUGCUACUAAAGAGUGUUAAAGUAAAAUUAAGCAAGCACCCCUAGAAAACAAGACUCUAAUAGCUGGUUGGAUUCAGGAAGCAGUAAGCAAACG